AUGAAGUCGGAAUACCAGGGUCGGGCGUCGGCGCGGGUCCGGGAUUUCUGCCUUUAUGGCGAGACCACCGGGGAGACCGACGAGUUCGGCCUUCCGGUGCGGGCCAACUGGGCCGCCGGUUAUCGUGGCCGGGCGAUGGUGGUUUAUGGCCAUACCCCGGUUAUGGAACCCGCCUGGCUCAACAGCACCAUCAACGUAGAUACUGGCUGUGUCUUCGGUGGCAAGCUGACCGCGCUUCGCUAUCCGGAAAAAGAGCUGGUUUCGGUUCCUGCGGCGCGGGUCUACUAUGAGCCGGUGAAACCUCUGGCUGAGCCCGCCCGGCCGGAGGAACCCGCCGAGACGGGCGAGUCUCGCGCGGCGAACCUCCUGGACAUUGACGACGUGCUGGGGAAGCGCAUCGUAGCGACGCGGCUGCGCGGCAAUAUCACGGUUCGGGAAGAGAACGCUGCGGCGGCGCUGGAGGUGAUGAGCCGUUUCGCCCUGGAUCCCCGCUGGCUGAUGUACCUUCCGCCCACCAUAUCCCCCUGUGAUAGCUCCAAGCUGCCCGGUAUGCUGGAACAUCCAACGGAGGUGUUCACCUACUUCCGCAAUAACGGCGUGUCCAGCGUGAUUUGCGAAGAAAAGCACAUGGGGUCACGGGCCAUCGUCGUGGUGGGGCGGGACGCCGCAGCGAUCGAGCGGCGGUUCGGCAUCACCGGCGAGGGUAUCGGCGCCUGCUACACGCGGACAGGACGAAGGUUCUUUGAGGAUCGCGCCCUCGAGGCGCAGUUUCUGGAGCGUGUCGGCUUGGCGCUCGUCGAGGCCGGUCUCUGGGCGGAACUGGGAACCGACUGGGUGGUGCUGGACAGCGAGCUCAUGCCGUGGUCCGUCAAGGCGCAGGAGCUGGUCCGUGAACAGUAUGCGGCGGUGGGCGCAGCGGCUCGGGUCAGCCUCACUGACGCGGCAGCGCUCCUCCGGCAGGCGGCAGCACGGAGUAUUGACGCCAACGAGAGCUUGGCCGGAGUAGAGGAGCGGCUGCGCCUGGCCCAACUCUACAGCGACGCCUAUGCCCGGUACUGCUGGCCCGUGGGGUCGCUCGCGGAUAUCCGGCUAGCGCCGUUCCACCUGAUGGCCAGUGAGGGCCAGGUGCAUACUGAUAAGGCCCAUCUCUGGCACAUGGACAUGGCCAAGCGCUUGUGUCAGGCCGACCCCGGGCUGUUCCAGGCUACCAGGCAUCUGGCAGUAGACCUGAACGCUCCAGACGAGCUUGAGGCCAUACGCUGGUGGGAGGAACUGACGGGCAAGGGCGGGGAGGGUAUGGUGGUGAAGCCGAUGGACUUCAUCGCCACCGGAAAGCGGGGCAUGGUGCAGCCCGCCAUGAAGUGCCGGGGCCCCGAAUACCUGCGCAUCACCUACGGGCCGGAGUACACCCUGCCGGAGAACAUAGAACGCCUGCGAAAUCGCGGCCUCUCCACGAAACGGUCGCUGGCGCUUCGGGAGUUUGCAUUGGGUGUAGAAGGUCUCAGGCGUUUUGUCGACGGAGAGCCUCUCUACCGGGUGCACGAGUGCGCCUUCGCUGUGCUUGCCUUGGAAAGCGAGCCGGUGGACCCGAGGCUGUGA